CUGUCGGCACAUUUUGCCCUGGUCGCUUACUCUUGACCAGGGAAGGCUGGAGAGGAUCAGGUCUGUACCUUUUGGCUCGCGGAAUGGUGAAAUGGACGGAAUGAAACCCAUAGUGAUAAGAUCAAACAGCCCUGAGCCAUCAUGUCCCAACCACAACUCUCACCUCCCGAGUAUGACAGCCCGGGCGGCUUGAUCGCCGGGUCUGUCAUCAUGUGGAUUAUCUCAACGCUUUGUGUUGGCUUGAGAUUCUACUCCAAGAGGUGGAAGCGACAAGGCUACAUUACGGCCGACUGGCUGAUUUUGGUAGCUGCAGUCUUUGCAACCGGAAUGACCGUGAUGGAGAUCUAUGGCGUGAAGGAACAAGCUUUGGGAUAUCCACUAGGGGCAUCGAUCGAAGACCCCAAAGCAGUCAACGGACGUCUGAACAAGGCCAAACAUAUCGAACUCUCGUUCCUGCUCCUCGGUAUCGCCACCCUCGGCUUGAUCAAGCUGUCUGUGUGCUUCCUGUUCUGGCACCUCUUUGCCCGGGUAGUGUUUCGUCGUUUCCUUAUGGUCUGGAUAGCCGUCAUUAUUGUGUGGACUCUGUCCUUUGUCCUGGCUGGCCUGCUAGAAUGCGGUUCCCAUCUCAAGGCAUUGUUCGGACAACCACAAGCGUAUUUGGAUCACUGUGGAAGCGCCAUCCCGACCGGAUAUGCCAUGGUGGGCAGUGAUGUUGCCACCGACUUUAUCACACUGCUCAUCCCCAUCCCCGUGAUCUUCAGCAUGAAGAUGGACAGGCGUACCCGAUUCUUGACGCUGCUGACUUUUAUGAUCGGUGCCCUGUCCGUGGGUGCGUCCAUCGCCAAAGCCUACAUCUACAUCAAGGCAAGCUUGGGUCUGUGGACGUCCGAUGCCAUCUCCAUGCUCACGGGUCUCUCCAUCUGGAAUCUGGCUGAGGUCCAUAUCGGUAUUGUUGCUGCAUGCGGCCCUACGCUACGACCCAUUCUGGCACGCAUCUUACCAACCGAGAGCCUCCUGUCCCUCAUGUCCCUCCUGGGAGUAAGCUCGAACACGUCCAAGCAGAACGAGCUCCCCAGCUUUGUCAAGAUGCCGGAUGCCGACAGUGCUGAGCAGUUGCAGCCCGGGGUGGAGAAGGUUGGGUCUAAGGGUGCCGAUGGGCCUCGUGGAGUUCGGCAGUACGAGAUGGAAUCAUGGAACGACGCCGAGUCCGAGAGACGUGGUCCGCAUCAUGUCUGAGGAAUGGGUGUUGUCGAGUAUCGAGCUUAGCAAUCUGACUGUAUCUAUCAUCCUGUCGAAUUGGUCCGGCGGCCGAAUGUCGAAGUAGCGUGGAUAUUUGUCAUCGUCUUUGC